AGAACUAGCGGUUCGUCACCUAGCAACUGUACGAGCUUCGGCGUUGUUUAUCGUAACACACAGCUCCAGUAUUGCACAUGUGGCGAACAAAUUGGUAACGUUAGAGUGGUGACCUAAAAUAUUAACCCAAACAUAGUUUAAUUGAAUUGCGUUUCGCACCAUAAACAUGGAACAAAACAUCAGAAUCAAAGCGCUGUAAGUAAUGUGAAGCUGCAGCAUAAUUAUUCUUUGAUUCCGAUGCAUCAUUUACCUUUCAGAUGGAUGCAUCCGGGCUCGGCAGAGAUGGCGUGCGUCGUUGGUAAUGUAGCCGUUGCCGUAGCGAUGGGUGGACAUAUUUUGUUCGUGAACUUGAAAACUGCUGCAAAGUCCCAGUACUUAGCUGACAGUGUUCAGUCGGGAAAUGGAAUUGCUUGUCUGGCGGGACAUAAACUGUUUCCCAUACUUGCUUUCGCAGAGCGAUGUACUAAUCCACGUAUUCUGCUUAUUAGUUACCCGGCCAAUACUGUGCUUCUUUCCUUUGCAGAUCAAACGGAAUGUUCAUAUGUGGCACUGUGUUUCUCGGAGAGUGAACUACUGGUAGCUCUUUCCGGUGUGCCGGACUACACGCUAGAAGUGUACGCGUGGCGAAGCAAAGAACUUUUGUGCAAAAAGCCAUCUUCCAUCUACUGCGACAUACAACGAUUGAUUUGCAGUCCUUCUGCGGUGUUUGCCGUGUGUCAGUAUGCGCCUCGCAAACCAGAGCUGAAGCUUUGGGAAGUACAUGGAAACAUUCGGAUUAGUCGGCUGAUCGAACGAACGGUUUGCUUAGAUUUGGAGAAGAAUGAGUUGCCGUUGUGCGUGACGUUUCUCAUCGACGGUAAUCUAGCGGUUGUUACCCAACGGGCAAAAGUGUCCAUUAUAUUGGCAUCCACGGGACAGAUUAGUCAAACCAUCAGCAAUCCCGAACCCAUGAUAGAUGAUCGGGAGUAUAUUCCGUUUAUUUUCUACUGCAAAGGAGGAUUGUUUGUUAGUGCACCGGAUGGGCAGGUGAACUUCUACAAAAAACAGAAAGGAACCUGGAAUCAACUCUGGUCCACACAGUCUGAUGCUUCGUACAACCAGCUGCUACACUAUUCCACCUCCGAAGGUCUUUUGGGAAUUACGACGGAUGGUUUCAUCAUGCGAACUGUAAUGGAUGCUGACGUGCGCAACGUAGAUUUUCAAACAGUGAAAGACUUGGACGUUGGGUAUAAUUAUUUUAGUAUCUGUUGCUGUUACACAAAAACUCAACUAGUUGGUAUCAAGCCUGCUGCUGGAAUUGUGAAGCUAUUGAACCUGGAAACAGGUGCUGUAAAUGAUUCGUUAGCUGUUGGACAUCAAGAAUGUCUAGCCCACCAUCCGGAGAAGCCAUUUCUUGUAAUGGGUUCUGAUACAGGAGUUCUACAGCUAAUCAUAGUCGAAGAGAAACAAGUUAAGCUUAUGAGCCGAUUGCACCUCUCUCGACAUUCAAUUGUCUCGGUUGAUUUCGCCAUCGCAGAUGAUAACUAUUUUGCUGCAUUGGAUGCAAAAGGUCAAAUAGCAAUAAUGGAAAUAUCGGAAAAUCUUCACAUGAACGUUGUGCAGGUAUUUGGUGAGAUAGAGAAAAGUAAGAACAUGUUUCUAUGGUGUAGCAGUCAGGAGGUUUUAGUUGUUCAACCAAUACAGACGGCACAGACGGUAAGCUUCAGUUCAGUCGAGUUUAUCGUGAAGCAACAUCAUUCAGAAGAUAUUAAGAAAACGCAACUAAAGCUACCUCACGAUUACUGUCAAAUUGUACCAAAGCGUACUGAUAGCGGGUUGAAAUUCUACGCUCAUCAAAUACGAACAAACUGUAUUGAUUUGUUGGAGAUUGCUCGAACAGAAACAGAACUAGACGUUGUUUUGCUUAAAACUAUCAAAACACCUCUAUCAGUCGCCCAUUUUGAAAUUGCUGUAGACGAUCGUUACCUGUACGUUUGGCCCAUGGAUGGCAAAACAGUAUUGUACGAGGCUGUUGAAGACAGGAUUCUUUGCACACUUAACUUCGAUGGUCGUUUCAAUGGAGGAAUCAAACAGAUCUCAUUGGAUAGAAGAAAUGAGUAUUUAUCAAUACUAUGCUACAAUGGGAUGUUAACUGUUUUAAAAUUGCUGCAACCAAUUGGACAAAUUCCCGACACAACCGUAUCAAAAACUUUUACACACCCAGCGGCACAUGACGAAGUUAAAGCUGCUGGCGACUUAGAAGAAACAGCAAUUGAUAACUCAACGCCCUGGAUUGAAAAAGAAGAGAACGAACGGCGAAAAGAAAAGGGGAAAAUAUACGAACCGGAACAUGAGGCGAUAUUUGCCGAGUUUGCAGAAAUAAAGGAACAACUUAAAGAGCUGCUUAACCAUAAUGAAAAGGCACCGAUAGAGGAACAAUUUCCCUUGCAGGUGUUUAACCUCAAUGCGGAAGCAACGGAAAAAUUAACUCAAGAGGCUAACAAUACUAAAGAAGAGGAAAAGAAGCGUUUGCAACAGUUUAUAGCGUCACAGAGCGAUAUCAAUGAACGACUGGUGGAAAAUUGUUGGGCAAUAAUGAGUAAUAAGGCCUGGAAAGUAAGAUCAAUUUUUAAGCGAGCAUUUGUGGAGAACUAUGCCAUGCUACCAGCCAAUCAGUACAGGCAACAUUUGGAGAAGGUGCGUGUCUAUCGCGAAACGGAACUAAAUGCUAGUCACGACGCUCUGCUCCCGUGGAAACCGACGCCUACGUAUCAGUUGGAAUCUAUUCUUAAUCGAGACCCGGACUAUGGCAAUGUUCUGGACAAUCUGGCACGAGCUUCUAUACAGAAAUCUUACGCUUUGUCUGGUACAACCACACAUCGGUUCUUCGAGCCCUACUCGCUCAGAUAUGAUCAACUCGAGGUGGUUACGUUUGAACAGCUGUACUUCGAGCUUAUUUAUGGUGAUGUAGAGAUCGAAAAGCUGCGCACCUUAUUUAACGAAAAGUUUGAGCAAAUCAAAACUCUUAAGCAUGAGGAGAUGGAGCUGGUACUGAAGCGUAACCGUAGAGCACGGUAUGUCCAGCAGGAACUGGUAUUUCUUGCAAAUUUGAUGGCCGAUCGUAGCACAUUUGAAGUAACGCAUAUCGAAGAUCCCCAUUAUGAAGCAGACGAACGACCAGAUACCAUCGUACAGACUGAGGAUGGUGAAAUUCCUGUGGCACCAUACAUCAGUCCGAGAGUCGAACGACUUAUGGAUCUCGAGCGGCAAGAACGUGAACGAAGACAGCGGGAACUGUUGGCUGAUGACUUUAAAGAUCGUGCCCUUGUCACUAUGAUGGACGGUGUACUUGAGCACCGCUGGGAGGAUGAGAUUAAGAAGAGUCUACCACUUCCCCAGUGUUUGGAAAUUGGCAAAGAACCUCAGCAUUACAACGAAACAGAUAUACGCGAGGUAAAGGAAUAUGAAGAGCAAAGUAACGUGUUGUACCAGGAGCGACUCCGCUAUCGUAAGAUGCUGCAAGAUGAGCUACAGGAGUUGGCCAUUAGCCUUGACGAACAGAUCAAAAGGUUCAAUACAAGCGUGGCGAAGCUUACGAUGCAAAAGCUCAUAAUUGAAUCGGCCAUACGGCAGGAAGAGAUGCGCAUUCUCCGUACGACACUCUACAAUCACGCACGCUUAGUCUAUGAAGCUAACGUCAAUCGAUUACGCACACAGAUUGAGCAGAUCUCCGAGUACACGGAUCAACUGACCGAUGUGCUGAAUGAGUUUCAGGAGAAGGCAGCCGAUUAUAGAAACACGUACGAUACACUCCGAACAAAGGAUCGUUUACUUGACAAGCAAUUUAAGAUCAACUUUUCCGACACGGCACAGUCGGCACUUGUAGAUCAAGCGUACAAAAUAUUUAAGCGCAGACCAAAGACCCAGCUUCGAUCGAUCGUCACCGUGUCGGUUUUUCAGGAUAUGGCAAAACGUAUCGUGGCGAAGAAAACGGCUGGGACUCACGGGAACUUGCUGCUCCCAAAGGAAUGUCAAGAUUAUCUGGCACACUGCGAAACGCUUGACCAACCUUCCAACUGUCCGGCGGGCAUGGAUAGUAGCCUUUGGCAGACUCUCAUCAAAAUGCGUCGGAUCAAGAUCGAGAGUGAGUUUAGGCUUAAAAGUUGUGAACUCAUGCUGUCUGAUGCGGAGGCAGCUAUAGCAGCAUUUCAGCGAGAGAUCACCAACAAGCGGAAUGUGUUAACAUCGCUUGAUCAAAAUUUGGAACAACUUCAAAAUGAUCAGUUUGAAGCUGCUACAAAUCGAACAGUGCAGCUUGUUAUGAAGCGUGGUUGGAUCGAAAUACAGCAGUCCGGACGAACUAGCGAUUUUGAGCGAUGUGUCCAAAUACAUCGUACCGACGUAGAGGAUAUCAAUGCAAUCAUCCGGCGUGCUGGAACAAAAAAACUUAACGCCAUGGUAAACGCAGCUCUGUUCCGGCGAAAGAUCAUCUACCAGGAAUGGGAACACCGGGCACUGAAGCUGCAGUUGCGCGAUCUGCGCGAUCAACUGGCGACGGUUGAGAAAUGUAAAAUCACCAAGGAAGUGCAAAGCUGGCUGAAGAUGAAGGGUAUGAAGCGAACGGAAGAUUUAAGUCAGAUGGCACUGGAGAAGAAGAUCCGGAAUGCCAUUCAGAAUGAGGAAGAAGUAUUGCAGGAACUCAAAAACUCACUGGAAGAUAUAGAGCAACGUAUCAUGGCUAAGCGCAAGGAGAACAAACAGCUGGAUCAGCAAACACGUGCCCUUAACAUUGACGUGACGGAGCAGCAUCUACAGCGCGACGCGGAGCUGGAACAGACGGAGCAGAAAGCGACCCAGGACCGGAUGUCGGCUAUUGUUGAGCGUGCACGUUUGGUGCGGCUUGUGCAAGCUCAGCACACGCAUAUACUGGAGCUCGGUACGAUGCUUGAGUUACAGCGUCUCAAGACGUAUCCAACACUAACCGCUUCUACAAGUGUGAUGACACAUAAUGCACAUCAUUUGUUGGGUAAUUGAUUGACCAAUGUCCUAAACUUUGAUUCGAUAAGCUUUGUAAACGAGUGAUCAUCCAAUAUAACAAACUUAACGUAAUUCGGGGCGUGUAAAUUUGAAACCGAUUUGUACCAAACCACUAAAGGCAUGACCGCAGCAAGACAAA